AUCGCUCUCCGCCGGCUGGCGCGGGGCGGGUCUGACGUGAGGCGCACAGUGACCCAGGCAUACCAACCCUGCCUGCUGCAGGCUCUCGAGUCUUGUAGCCAUGGGAUUAUCGGAGGUGUGGAGGCUCUCGUCGAGAUUUAACUCAUUUAAAAGGACUCAAGUUAUACUGCAGCAUUUGGGAAUGUUCAAACACACCGAUGCAGUAGAAGAGGUGCUGAUGGAAAGAAAAGGUUGUGCAGGAGUGAUUACGCUCAACAGACCCAAGUUCCUGAACGCACUGUCUCUGAAUAUGGUUCAGCGGAUUUAUCCACAAUUAAAGAAGUGGGAGCAAGAUCCAGAAACUUUCCUGAUCAUUAUAAAGGGAGCUGGAGAGAAGGCUUUCUGUGCUGGUGGUGAUAUCAAAGCGGUCUCAGAAGCUGGAAAGAUGAAGCAGAAGCAGAGUCAAGAUUUCUUCAAGGCAGAAUAUACCGUGAACAAUGCUAUUGGUUCUUGCCAGAAACCAUUUGUUGCACUUAUUCAUGGGAUUACAAUGGGUGGGGGAGUUGGUCUCUCAGUUCAUGGACAUUUCCGAGUGGCUACGGAAAAGACUGUCUUUGCAAUGCCAGAAACAGCAAUUGGACUAUUCCCUGAUGUGGGUGGAGGUUAUUUCUUGCCAAGGCUUCAAGGAAAACUUGGAUACUUCCUGGCAUUAACAGGGUUCAGACUGAAAGGAAGAGAUGUGCUCAAGGCAGGAAUUGCUACACACUUUGUAGACUCUGAUAAGUUGGACAUGUUAGAGAAAGAUUUAUUAGCUCUGAAGUCUCCUUCCAAAGAAAAUAUUGCAGAUGUCUUGGAAACUUAUCAGACAAAGUCCAAGAUCAAUCAAGACACAUCUUUCAUACUGGAGGAACAUUUGGAUAAAAUAAACAGUUGUUUUUCAGGCAGUACGGUGGAGCAGAUUAUUGCGAAUUUACAGCAAGAUGGUUCGUCUUUUGCCCUCGAGCAGUUGAAGCUAAUUAGUAAGAUGUCUCCGACUUCCCUGAAGAUCACCCUGAAGCAGCUCACGGAAGGGUCUUCAAAGACGCUGCGCGACGUCCUAAUUAUGGAAUAUCGGAUGAGCCAAGCGUGUAUGGGAGGCCAUGAUUUUCACGAGGGCGUUAGAGCGGUUUUAAUAGAUAAAGACCAGAGUCCGAAGUGGAAACCAGCUGAUCUAAAAGAAGUUACAGAAGAAGAUGUGGACAGUUACUUUAAAUCUCUGGGAAGCAAUGAUCUGAAACUUUGAGGUGACUUCCCUUUGAAGCUGGUGUUUUGAAGCAGGUGAUGGCAAACUGUGGCCUGCAGGCCAAACCUGGUCUUGCCCAUUUUGAUACAGCAGUUAAGCUAAAAUAGUUACUCCAUGUUUUUAAGUGGAUGCGGGGUGAGGGGAUCAAAGGCUUCUUUUGUGACAAAUAGAAAUAUAUUCAAACUUUAGUGUCUUGUCAGCAGCGUCAUUGGCUCUCGUUGUUCGUGGCUGUCUGUUGCUUGGUGCUACAGCGGGCAGAGCUGAGUAGCUGCAACAGACGCCAAGCGGCCUGCAAAGCCCGAGGUCUGGUACUGGCGGGCUCGUUCCAGCGUUUGCCCACACCUAUUUUUGAAGAUGGAAAGAUUUAAAGGGCUUGAGAUUCUCUUGGGUCAGUAUCUCUAACUGAAAUGGGAACUUUGUGUUUUGUCUUGGGGCGGUGGCUUACGUGUUUAUUAAAUAACAUAUGGUGUGUUUAUAAAUUUAACAAAAUUAAUGGACUGAAAAAGUUUUUAUUCUUCUGUUAAUGCAAUUUUCUUCACAUAGAACUCCAAGUGUUCCUUUCAUGACACUGGAAAUUCCUGGUGAUGAGAAAGGUUUUAAUAAAGUUCUUUCUCUCUGCCA